AUUUUUUUUAUUUCAAACUAUGCAGUCUAACCAAAAAAACUCUCAGCCUUUUAAGCAGAGAAAGAGUCUGGCAUCCAGAAAAGAAGAAGUCAUUGGAAUAAAGGCAAAAUUUCCAACAAAAAUCCCGGUGAUUGUUGAAAGAUACCGCCGAGAAAAAUAUCUACCCCUAUUAGACAAAACAAAAUUUCUUGUUCCCAAGGACCUCUCUAUGAUGCAGUUUAUUAAUAUUAUUAGGAAUCGCAUGAACUUAUCUGCUACACAAGCAUUUUACCUUCUUGUGAAUAACAAGAGCCUUGCCAGCAUGUCACUUACGAUGGCUGAGCUUUAUAGGGACCAUAAGGAUGAAGAUGGUUUCCUAUAUAUGACAUAUGCAUCUCAAGAGAUGUUUGGUUGAAUGCAUAUCACAAAAAAACGAGGACAAUCUUUGUACUAAGAGGGGCCCAGAUAUGUACAUGUGUAAAUUCUAGACCCUAGUAUUAUAUUAUUAUUUAAAUUUACACCUUAAACAUUUUUGGUCAUUAUUAUAACAUGGGCUGGAACUUAGAAGUAUAUGGCUAUAGUGUACAAUACUUUUUAUUGAAAUGUUUUCACUUAAAGGAACCUUUUAUGUAUGUUAAAUAUUUAUUGAGCAUCCUUUUAGAAAAGUCAAAAGAUAAUGCUUUUGUAAAUUUAUUGUAAUAAAGGAUUUAAAAUAUUUUAUUUUUACAGAAUUUUUUUGCAGAUUCUAUGUAGUACUAAACACAACUGUUUUCUCUAACUUAGAACAAUUUUGUUUUUAGAUAGACUUCCCCUUCACAUGAAAUAGUAUUUGGGGUUAUUGUGUAUAACAGACUUUGCUCUGCACAGUAUAAGUCAGUAGCUGCAGAAGCAUAAAGUACUCUCUGCAUAGAAAGGGCAUUGACGGAAUGCUUUUGCCUCUAUAUAUUUCUUGUAAGACCUGGGCUUGGGUAUGUAUUGCAGCUUUGGGUACCACAUCAAAAUGUAUAUGUAUUAAUAACAUGCAGCUAAAAUUAAUGGGCACGUGCUAUUAGCAGAGAAGAGUUUGUUUUCUGUGGGGAAGAAGAAUUUCUAAGAAGACACUUUUUUUAACACUGAAAAGAAAAAAAGAAGCCAUCCCUUCUUUCACCUGAAGCAGUACAAAUGGUUAUUCACUGUUAGGACAGGGUGGGCUGUAAGGUUCCUAGGUUCUUUCUGGCUGUUUUUUUGUUUUUUUUUUUACUUCUGUAUUUCCAAUGUGCAAUAGUGUAUUUGUGUUUAUGAAAAAACUCUGGCCAAUCAAGAGGUUUUUGUUUUACAUAUAUCACAAGAGGUUACUGCACAAAAUCAGUCAGCCUAAUGCUAAAUAAAAUCUCUUCAUAAAA